AUGAUUGGGUGUGUUUUGUUACUUUUGGGCUGGCUAAACCUAAGCCCAGUACCAUUUCUUGCCCAUAUAAUUGGAACUACUGAGCCAGCUCUAAAGCUUCUAAUAUCAAUCUUACUGGGUUACCCCUUAGGAAUUAUAUACAAUGCAAAGAUAAAAGAACAUAAACCACUGAGGCAUAUUUACUUUGCGUUGAUGGGGGUUGAUCUUGCAAUUUACAAUUUUGGAUGGUCAUUUAUCCAUAAUGCUAUACCUGCACUUGUAAUAUAUCUUACUACAUUGUUGUUUGGCCCAGGGAAAUGGAAUGCAAUUAUAACAUUUGUAUUUAACAUGACAUAUCUUUUAGUUGGAUAUGUUAUGACAGAGUCUGAGGAUUAUGAUAUAACAUGGACAAUGCCCCAUUGUGUCCUGACCCUAAAACUGAUUGCACUUUCGUUUGAUAUUUGGGAUGGCCAAAAAUUAAAACAAGGAAAAGAAUUAUCAAGUAACAAUAGAAUAACUGCUUUGGAGAGGGCACCAACACUCUUAGAGCUUUUUGGAUUUGUUUAUUUUCCUGCUUGUUUCCUUGUUGGGCCUAUAUUUUCAUUCAAACGAUACAUUGAUUUUGUUUCUGACAAAUAUCCUCUUGAAAGUGAAUCUAAAAGUCUCCAAAAACAUGCAGUGCAAAGGCUUCUUCUAGGUCUUGCUUAUUUAAUAGCAUUUCAAGUAGGAGUGUCUGUCUUCAAUAUUAAAUACAUGAUGUCUGAUGAGUUCUGGGAAACAUCUAUUAUUUACCGACAUUUUUACUGUGGCUUAUGGGCUCAUUUUGCUCUAUACAAGUAUAUUUCUUGCUGGCUACUUACAGAAGCCUCAUGCAUUCGUUUUGGAUUGUCGUACAAUGGAAAUGAGGUAACAAAAGAAGGUAUGGUUGCCAAGUGGGAUGGUUGUAAUAACAUCAAGCUGAUGCUUUUCGAAGGAGCAACUAAAUUCCAACACUAUAUAGACAGUUUCAAUUGUAAUACAAACUUCUUUGCAGCUGAAUAUAUCUACAAAAGGCUUAAGUUUUUGAAUAACCGUCACUUAAGCCAGUUUUUCACACUCUUAUUUUUAGCUCUGUGGCAUGGACUACGUUCUGGUUAUUACAUGACAUUCUUCAAUGAAUUCAUCAUUAUAUUUAUGGAAAAAGAAAUGGAAAGUAUUAUUUCAAAAACCACCUUAUAUGAAAAGGUCUGGAAUUCACCUUUGAAGUAUGUUAUGUAUGUAUUCCUAAAAGCUUAUACUAUCGUUUUUAUGGGUUGGAGUUUGGCUCCGUUUGAUCUCAAAAUAUUUUCGAAGUGGUGGCAAGUAUACUACAGCUUAUUUUUCUCAGGUUUCUUUAUUUUCUUGCCUUGGCCAUUUUUAUACAAACGACUUCUUAAAAUGGCGGUUAAAAAAUACUUUAAGUCUAAACUUGAUGAAAAGCCAAAAAGUUCUUAA